UAACGUUAUGAACGUUAGAAGAAAUACGUCAUCGCCAAGAAUGUACGUUGGUCCGUCAUGUAGUGUUUGUGUGUUAAGUGUACUGUAUUCGUUUGCCUGUGUCAGGCUUCUGGUGGGACUUGGUCUUGCUCAGGCUUGUAAUGGAAUGGUUGUUAUACAAGCAUAGUAAACUGCGUGUGCCCCAAAGAAGGCUAACUUUGACUAAAGUGCUGCUCUACGUUUACUUCUGCGGCUGUGUUUUCAGCAGUGUCAUGGACAGGUUUAUAACAAAGCAGCCAGGGUCUCAGGGAAAAAGGAAGCUUGGAUUGCUCCAAGUCGAAUUAGGGGCGGAUAAAGACUGUACCAGUACCGAUGACCUGAGUGGCGGCCCAAGUGCCAGCAAGAAGUGCAGGAACGAUGGAGCGGUUGACACAAAAUUUAAAUGGAAAAAGAUAGAAUCCUAUGGACUGGACUGCGACUACGGGCAGUUAUUUAUUAAACCUGAGGCAGAUGAUAUUUUCCAGCAGUUAGAAAAGGAGGUGGAAUAUCUUUCUGGUGACCUCACCAAGAUAAAAGUUCAUGGAAAAUGGCAUGACAUUCCCAGAAAACAAGCAGCCUAUGGAGAUCCUAACUUGACAUACACGUAUUCUGGAGUUACACUGUCUCCCAAGCCAUGGAUACCUGUACUGGAAUUCAUUAGAUCUAGGCUCACUGAAGCUACUGGAUAUACUUUUAAUUUUGUCCUCGUUAACAGGUAUAAUGAUGGACGUGAUCACAUGGGUGAACAUCGUGAUGACGAGAAGGAAAUGGAAGAGACGAGUCCCAUUGCCUCUGUGUCCUUUGGAGCUUGCAGGGAUUUCUUUUUUCGUCACAUGGCAUCCCGUGGAAAGAGUGCAACCUGUAGAAUAGAGCCCAUUAAAGUACAGCUGGAACAUGGCAGCUUACUGAUGAUGAACUACCCAACCAAUGUGUACUGGUAUCACAGCCUUCCUGUUCGGAAAACUGUAAAAACAUCAAGGAUCAACUUGACAUUUCGCAGAGUUAUACCAGUAAAGGAGAAACCAGAAAAGAAAUAAGAUCAUCAGAGACUAUUUUACUUUCCCACUGCAGAUUUUACUUACCAGUCCUACUGCCAUAAUGCAAGAAUAACUGCAACAGCUCAGUUGUGGAGAAUGAAAACCAUAAAGACUUGCUUUUGAUACAGUCUGGUGAAGAUAAAUAGCAUCACCAGUUUAGCUGCCUGGUUUGAUCCUGAUAACCACUCGUUUCAGGCUGUAUGCCAUAGCAUUUAAUCAGACUGAGCUACUGUUUAUAACAUGUGGGAAAGCAGAAGUGGCAAUUCAGAGAAGUAAGCUAAAGGAGUGCUAGGCUUAACAUUUUCAGAACUGGGUCUGAGUCCGAUUAGCUUGCCUUCAGAAUGUUAUUUGAAAUGGUAUCAGAUUAUUUUCUGUUGAACUACAUGUUUUUUCUCACAAGUGAUUGUGUCAUCUGUAUCAUUUUAUGUUUGAGAGUAAAUACCUUACCCAUUAGGGAAAUGUAAAGCAAGCAGUAUUUCUUGUUCAGUACUUCAAAGAAUUCUAUUUAGUGAGGGUGCAAAAAGUUGUAUGCAGCUAUGACUUCUGCUUCUGUAGAGUAUGCAUCAAAGGAUUACCAUUUUUAAAGCCUUACAACAGCAGGCUGGCAUUCACUUAGCAUGAUUGCUGCCAUAGAAAUGUUUAAAAUCAUGUGUGUUAACAGGAAUAAAGCCCUGAUUUUAUCCCACAGUGUCUGAAUUCAACUAGCAGCUUAAAUGCCAGAGGAGUUAAAAUUGGGAGGGGUGGGAGGAGGAAUGGCUAAUACUUGCUUACUCACCUUGGGAGGCAGGGUGCCCCAGUUGGUCCUAGGGGAGGUCAAUGACCUGCAUUUGCAUUAGUGCUACACAGUACUGUAACCAGGAAAGGCAAAUAUGUAAACAUGCAUGUCCUCAGAUGAAAGCGCAUAGUGAAGUCAUGGUCAGGCAAGGGAUUUUGAAGCUUAAGAGACAACAUCCAUAUCUACCCCAUGGAUGUUCCUGAUUGUCCCCAAGGGAAUGGGCAGGACAAUAUGGCUCUUGGUCAUGGGAGAACUAAAAGAUCUGGGGAAAAAAGUUAGAUAACCAGUGUGGUGAUCCAAAAAAAAAAAAAAAACAUAGUUGAGAGGAAAUCGAGCUGGUAGGUUACUGACUACUGAAUUCUGCAUAAAAAAGGGGGCUAUAUUAGAAUGCCGAAACCUCACUUACGCGAAUCCUGAAAGGCCAACACAUACACAGCGAACUGCAAGAACACCAAACGUCCUUAAGUGCGAAAUUCAAAAUAUUGAAUUGCUAUACUUGGCCAACUCCACUGCCCGCUACGUAUUGCCUACCUAAACAAAAUAAAUAUGAAUGUAUUAGUAUAUAUGCACUUACCUUAACCUGCACCCUAACCUUAAGGUCAGUAACUAUUGCACAUUUACGUUAGGGAGCUAUACCGGAUAAGGGAAUUUCCUAAUGAUGUUUUAGCUCACUAAACAUGGUGUGGACAACUAUGGCUAUUUGGUAUUUUGAAUUUCGCGCUUAAGGACGUUCGGUGUUCACGUGGUUCGCUGUUUGUGUCGGCCUUUCGGGAUUCACAUAAGUGAGGUUUCUUCAUUCUAAUAUAGACCCUAAAAAAGUACCACAAUGAAAGUUGCAAAUUCAUUGUGAGAUUAGACAUCAUUCAUUUGCUAGGUAUUAGAGUUAUAAUGUGCCUAAGUUAUGAAACGACAGCAUGCACUUGGAAUGCAUUCUCCUGAGACUGGAGUCAACAUAAUAUCAAAACAGGUGAUGCGACAUCAAUGCAAAAAUAUGGCUAAUGCUAAAGGUGCUGCAGUAACCUUUUGUAGUGUAUAAUUACACUGUAAAUCUACUGCAGUUAGUUUGCAGCUUAAGUUUGUAAUAAUCUGAUUUGAUGCAGAAGGGGUUGCAGUUUGACGGUGUUGUAGCACAGACUAAAUGUUUUCAUUUCCUUAUGAUCUUUGCUCCUAACUCCAGAGAUUCUUGAUGCAAUAAGUCCCAAGGAAAUGGUUUUACAUACUCCUCUGAUAUUGGUGAUUAUCACUUUCAAGCUCAUGGUUUCAUUUGUGAACUGCUGGUCUGAUAUAACCAAAGAGUGAUACUUAAUAAAAAUUGCGUUAUUUGCUAAUUAA